CGUCUCUGAGGCCCCCUUGGCCUUGCGCAUUGCUGUCUUCACCUCAAUUUCCUUCUUCUUCUUCUGGCCUAAAACAGAGAGAGGCGCGAGUAGCCGAGCAAGCCACCCGAACUCCUGUACGGCGCGCGCCGCCGGCUCCCCUCCGCAGCUCCCGACGGUGGAAUCGUGGCCCGGUGCGAGCUUGCAGCAUUACGGUUGCGGCCACCGGUCCCCACUCUUCAAAUCCCCAAUCCCGCCUCGGCAGUGCCCGACAGAUUUAGAGGCUCCGAGCGGCCGUGAAAAAUGAAGAAGACCAUGGACUUGAAAUCGUUGUGGGACAGAGCUUCGAAGAAACAGAAGACGGCGUCCACCUCAACGCCAAAACCCUUACCGACUGAAGCUGGAAGCCAGCCUCGGAAUCAAACCAAUCCUUCUCCUUCCAGUACGCUCCAGGUGGUACCUGCACAGGCACAAAGACGCUCCCCAAUGGCAGGGGCUGAUGGAUCCGGCGGUGACGAAGACGACGAGUCCAUUGCUUCAAACAGUAACCAGCUGCGGGCCGAGGCUGCUCUAGAUAUGUCCCGUUUGACCCGUUCGCUCCAGUGCUUGAGGUUUGUUCUGCGACAGGGGCUGCCGGUCCACGGACAUGACGAAAGUGAAGGCUCGCUUAACGCGGGAGAUUUUAUCGAGAUGUUGAAUUGGCUGGCAGAAGGCGUUGAAGAGGUUAAAAACCUGGGUCUAAAGGACGCUCCGAUCAACCGUAAAAUGGUAGACAAGAAGACACAGGAUCAGCUCAUCAACUCUUGCGCCAAAGAAACUAGCAGGCUUAUCAUGGAAGAUCUCGGCGACGAUUAUUUCGCGGUGCUUGUCUACGAAUCUCGUGAUGUGGAACAGCAGGAGCAGCUGGCUGUUUGCCUGCGGUAUGUUGGUUUAAAAGGAAUGGUGGUUGAAAGGUUCCUUGGUAUCGUUGGAGUUGAAGACACCACCUCUUUGACGGUUAAAACAACGAUUGAGAACCUGCUCGUGGCGCACUCUUUGAAAUUUUGUAUGGUCCGUGGGCUGGGAUACGAUGGCGCUAGUUGCAUGAAGAGUUAUGCUAAUGGUCUGAAGAAGCUGAUCGUGGAUGAGUCUCCUUCUGUCUAUUACGUCCAUUCCUUUGGCCAUCAACUUGAGUCAAAUAUUGUUGCUCUUGCUAAGCACAAUGUUCACUGUGGUUGGGUCUUUCAAGAGCUUGAUAAUUUGUUGGAUGUUUUUGUGAUGUGCUAUGGAAAGAUACGAAUGCUUGGAGUAGCUGAAGCUAAUGAUAUCAUUGAAGCCUUUGAAUUGGAUGAGUCAUUUGAAUCUGAAUAUGGUUUUGAUCAUGAGAGCUUGGGAACGCCUUGUGAUACCCGCCGUCAAUCUCGCUAUGAAACUGUGAUGCAUGUUAUCUCUUUGUAUCCUUCCAUUUGGCGAACUCUCAUUACGAUUGGAGAGGAGCAUAGCGGCAUAGAAUCAGUACGAGCUCAGAUCAUCUUCACAUCAUUCGAAUCAUUUGAGUUCGUUUUUAUAGCACAUUUGUUGCUAACCAUAUUUGAGUAUACAGAGGACUUAGGCAGUGCUUUGCAAGAGAGGGAACACAAUAUCAUUACUGCUAUCGAUCUUGUUUCUGUGACGAAGAAACGGUUGCAGUCGUUACGAGAAGAUGUUGGAUGGGACAGUUUUCUUCAAAAGGUCACUUAUUUCUGUCUGGAACACGAUGUCGGAGUUGUGGACAUGGAUGGUUUGUAUGAGCCGGUUGGAAGAUCUCCAGGGUUUUACGAAGAAGCCACGAAUCUCCAUUACUACCAUGUUGGUAUGUUUUUGGAUGUCAUUGAUAGUCAAAUUCGAGAACUGAAUGACAUGUUUGAUGAGGUAAACACGGAGUUACUUAUUUGCAUGGCAUCAUUCAACCCUGCUGACUCGUAUGCUGCUCGUGAUGUGGACAAGUUGGUUAAGCUUGCACACUUUUAUCCGGAAGAUUUCUCAACAUUUGAACUGGGGUGUCUUCCCUUCCAACUUGAAACAUUUUUUGAUGCUAUGCGUAAAGAUGAAAGGUUUAGAGAAGUGAAAACACUUGCCGAACUUACUAUCAAGCUUGUCGAAACAAGGAUGGACCGUGUUUUUUAUAUUGUGUACAGGCUCCUCAAACUGGUGCUAAUCCUUCCUGUAGCAACUGCAAGUGUUGAGAGGAACCUUUCUUCAGUGAAUUAUGUGAACAACAAGGCAACAAAUAAGUUGUCGGAUCAGUGCGCGAAUGAUUGCAUGGUUACAUGUCUUGAGCGAGAAAUCUUUGCGCAAGUGAAGGAUGAGGCCAUCAUAUCUCGUUUCCAAGCUAUGAAUACUACCUUGUAAUUUUAUCUACUACUUUGUAAGUUCUCUGUAUUAGUUGAACGCAUAAGCCGUGAAUCUUCAUGUUAACUGUCGAGUGGUCUGUGAACCUUUAUAUUAUCCCGAGCCUUGCCGUCUAAAUUAAUUA